UAAAGAGACAGUAGCAAUAUAGAAAAGAAAGAAGGCAGCAGAAGGAGGAGAAAAAGUCAGAGAAGGGGAAGGCUUUUUUAAACAUCCUGAUUAUUUGGAGUACCUUUGAGGGACACACACACACACACACACACACACAAACACUCCUGACUGAUGCUCCUGCUGGAUGGACCGACACCAUCUCCUCCUCCACCUCCAGCUGUGCACAUAGAAGACCGACCUCUGCGACCAGACAUGCAUUUCUACUAUGUGGGGGACCACACGUGGGCGACCAUGUUGGGUCAGAGUGUGCGGUUACAGCCUGUGCCGAUCCAGAGCCUGUCAGAGCUGGAGCGAGCCAGGUUACAGGAAGUCGCCUUGUACCAUCUGGAGGAGAGGGACCUGGACUUCAAGAUUAGCAUCCCGAAAGAAAUACGUAAACGGAGAAAAUCUCUACGCAGGAAGUUUGACUCCUUUUCAAAGGAAAAGAGGGAGCGAGAAUCUGCCCCCAAGGCAUUCGGCAUCCCCCUCUCCCAGGUCAUCGCCAAUGACCGGGCCUACAAGAUUCGGCAGGACGCCCUGAAGGAGAGCAGGCGAGACUGUCUGGACCUGGAGGCCAGCAUCCUGCGCUUCAGGGCCGAGAAGAGGCAGUUCUUCAACGGGAACAAGCCGCUGGUCAGCUCCUCUUCGAUCACAGGAGGAGGUCCCAGCUCGCCAUCAGCUAAUUCGGUGGCACCGGCGCCCAUAUUUGAGACCCAGAACAAACCAAUGUCGCCUACGUUUCUGGAUAACACCGGCCGAGGACAGAGGAGGGGCGGUCUGUCAGUGGACUCCAUCUCCGACCUCGUAGAGAGCCAGUCUCGCCUGCUGGAGGCGCUGCAGCUCUCCCACCCGGCCGAGCUGGAGCUGAAAAAGUCACCAGGUGGCAGCAGCUCGUCAGAGAAAAGGACCCAGACCAAGCUCAGCCUCAACCCCAUCUACAGACAGGUGCCCCGGGUGGUGGAGAGGUGCUGCAAUCACAUCGAGACCUACGGUCUUCAGACUGUGGGAAUUUUCCGAGUUGGUAGCUCCAAGAAGAGAGUGAGACAGCUGCUUGAGGACUUUGACAUGGGGGUGGACGUCCAACUGGAUGAGGAGCAAAGCGUCCAUGACGUGGCGGCACUGCUCAAAGAGUUUCUCAGAGACAUCCCUGAUCCUCUGCUGACCAGAGAGCUCUACCCGGCCUUCCUGCACGCCACCUUGCUGAGGGGAGCGGACCAGCUUCAGUACCUGCAGCACCUCCUCUACCUGCUGCCUCCCUGUAACUGCGACACUCUGCUGCGACUCCUCAGCCUGUUACACACAGUGCAGAGCUUCGCCCAGGACAGCAUAGGAACAAAUGACGAGGAGAUCCCCGGCAACAAAAUGACAGCUGCGAACCUGGCGGUGAUCUUUGGGCCCAACCUGCUUCAAAGGGAAAGAGGAGGAGAUAUGAGCCCUCACGCGAUGGGGAUUGAGGACAGCACUGCAAUCAUCAACGUGACCCUGGUGCUCAUACAGAACUACAAGAGGCUCUUCACAGUUUCUGCAGAGCUGCAGCAGGAGGUCCUGAUGAGUCUGAUCCAGACAGACCCAGACAUCAUUGACUAUCUGCUGCGUAGGAAACUCAGCGGCAGUCACCUGACAGUGGAGAGCAGCAGUGAGUCAGGAGGUCGUCGGGAUACAGGGGCGUCUCUGGACUCUGUGGGAGCAUCUAGUGGGAGUUUGUCUCCGCUGGAGCCUCCAUCACCACUUUUCCCACCCGAUGGCAGCGGUGGUGAGGGCAGCCUGACGAGCGAGGUCUUCCUCAACGUUCUCAAACUGAACCAGAACAGGAAGCGUCAGGAAACAAGAUACGGUGACGCCCCUUCAGGUAAAUCCAUCCGCCACAUGCGUCAGUUCCACUCCCACCACAACCUGCUCAGCCUGGCGCAGCCCUCCUUGUCCUCUAGAGGCCACGGUCAGGACCACGACUCCCAGGACCGCAGCAGGGGCCCGCUGGGCUCUGCACUGAGCUUCACACUGGCAGGCGUCAGCAGUGGCAGCUGCUCCAGUCUGACCGGGUCAACAGAGAACAGUAUCUGGGUGAGACAGACGCCGCAGGAGGAGAGCAAACCGUCACCGGCCUCUAAUUUCUGGGACUUCUUUACGGGGAAAGGGUCGAGCUCGGAGACGAUGGUAUGAUGAAGGGUGAGAAGAGGAGGAACAUGAAGGGAAGGAGUGUGUGUGAGUGUGUGUGUGUGUGUGUGUGUGUGUGUGUGUGUGUGUGUGUGUGUGUGCUUGUGCUGAUGCUGUCAGAGGUCAGAAAUCCCCCCAAAAAGUCGUCAGAUUUCCUGUUACAUUUGCAACAGCCACACGUGCUGAUUUAAAAGGAUGUUAAGAUCCAAUAAUAUUAAAAAUCUAAAAGUGUAUUUCUAGUGAUACAGAAGUGAUAACAUAAAUCCUCUGCAGCACUUCCAUGAUCCUAAUAUCUCCAUUGAAUUCUCAAAACCUACCUGACCUUACGACUUUAAGGGAGCAUGUUGUUGAAGAUCUACCCUGAUGGAAGUUGGUAUUUUCUGGCAUCUCUGGAAUGCAGCACGUGUAUGAAUGUAUAGUUGGGACACAGAAGAGGAAGGACAUUUUGGAAAAACGCAUCAAAAACUUUUUUCUUUUUUUUAAAAAGACAUUGGAUUUGUGACAGAAAUUGUUGCAAACUUUUAAGUACGGCUCACUCUGACUGACGUGGAAAAAAGUAAAUGAAGGAAACAAGACUGACGAACUCUGUUUAUGAGAUUAUAUGAAAGUGGAUGCAGUAACAAUUGUGAUGUACAUAUUGUGUACAUGAUGUAUUCAUAAUUUUACACACACAACUCUUGUCUUUACUGCGUAGAACUAUGUUACUAUGUGUAGCUGCAUGGACUCUACUAACACUUCUUUAUCUGAUACCUAUACUGAUAUCAUACCAGACUGUUUUUUGUUGUUUUCCUGUAACCUGCAAUAAGCUACAUUUACUAUCAAUGUAAUGUACAAUUCAGCUAACAUUCAGCUAGCAUCCAAAAAACCUUACUAUGACUCUGCAAAACAAAAAAUAAACAUAUUAAAGCCAGAACUUUGCUAAAUGUAUUUAUAGAUAGACAUCAGUUAAGUUUAUUUUAACACCAUUUACGUUGCUGUAUUUUAACAUGUGGUAAUGUCAUUUAUAUUGAAAUACAGUCAGUAAAAUGGAGUUGAAAUAUCAGUCAUACAUAAACUAGAUGUCUACAAGGGUUUAAGGUUUAUACCAAAGUCAUCUGUUUUAAGGAGAAAUAUUUUGACCUGCAAACCACCACAUCACUGCUUAUUAAGAAAGUGCAUCUAUGUUAGUUUAAGCUAACAGUUAUUUUCAUUAUCAGUCAAUUUAUCAAUUUAUAGUUUCAAAAAAAUUUGAAAAUGAAUGAUGAAAAUGAAAUUUUUUUUGCUUUAUAAAUUACUUAUUAACAAUCAAUUAUCAAUAGUUUAUCAACUGACGGGCAUUUAAUCUGUUUUUGACACACGUGUAAACCUGCUCAUCGUCGACAAACAAGACAAUCGAGUCAAACACUAAAUCGGGUGUGUACAGGCACUUUUUGUCAUCUCUCAAAAUUUAAAAUUUCAAUGUUAACAUCAGGACAUUCCCCUCAAAGAGCCCACAAAGUGUUAAAUACCUUAUCUUAGUGGUUCCCAACUGGUGGGUUGCAGUCCAAAAAUGAGUCGUGGGUCCAUUCUGAAUGGACCCCAGGUGAUCUUGAACUAAUGACUAAGGGGAAAUCUGGACCCCGUGGCUGGACCAGUUGGGAACCCCUGCCUUAUAUCAUAUGCAAACAGUAUAUAUAAAGCCUGAGUUUAAAGCACAGUACCAUGUUUGCUGUAUUUUAAGGAGCUCUGCAACAGGACCUAUUCACUCCAGAAAUAUGAACUUUGGAGAAUCCAGACCAAGAAUUUGGACACAACAGUUAUGAUGGAAACACGUUGAUACACUUGGAAUCUGUUAUCAAUCACAUAAAAACACAGAUGUUCACCAGCUGACAAAUUUCUGAGCACACAAACAGCUGCGCAUUCCACUACGCACUGAUGUGGUGAUUUGCAACCAAGUCAAAUUAUCAAACCUGGGCCAGAGUUGAUUGAUAUGUUAAUGUUUUAUGUCUAGGUCAGACGUUUCGCAUCACCUUGUCUCCUAGGGCUUCAGUACAGUGUCUUCUUAUGACCCCUUACCCAAAAGCUGCUCACACAUUUUGAAUUCUAACCUCCAGACUUCUUGGCAUUUCUCAGAGGUCAGAUGCUGCAUUCAAAUCUCAUGAGUCACAGUAACGACCAUUACCGUCUUUUCAGUUGCAUCUAUGUCAAUAUCCAAGUCAAGAUUGCAACUGGGAUAUUCAAAUUUUUCUGAAAGAUCCCGAUAAAAUUGGCUUGAUUUCUUUUAAAAACACGGGAGGGCCCAAAAGAAGGCCAUGAGCAAUGAAAGGAAAAACGACCCAAAAAAAAAAUAAAAAAGAGUGCUUAAAAAUUAUAAUAAUUCUGUAAGAUAAUUUUAGAAUUUGAAAAUAAUUAUAAAUACAGUUUUCCCUAGCUUUUUUCUUUUCCUCUAUUUUUUUCAAUAUAAUUUUCUAAAUUCUAAAAUGUUUUGCAAUUUGUGGGACAUUUCUCACCAUGGUAAACUUUACAAUCAAAUUUCUACCAUUUCUACUAUGAAUUCAAUAUUAUGUGACUGCGACAUAAACUUGUUCAGUAUUUCACAAGGUAAAAGCAACAAUAAAAAAGUAAAAUAAAAAAAAUUAUGUUAUUUUCUCCAGUAGAACUUGUUUAUGCCUCAAAGAAAUAAAGGUCUUUCAUUGUUUAAAGUGCUCUGAAACAUUUAAAAUUGAACAUCCACAAUUACAAACUGCAGACUGUGCAAUUCCACCUCCUUUGGAAGACAGCAUUGUAUGGUUGAAACUAAAUUUGACCUUUUGUUACCAAGGUCAAGAAUGAAUUAUUUCUUAUCAAGCCAGUCAUCUUGGGGACCUCUGAUCUAGGCUGUUCCAACAACUCUCCAAUACCCAUAUUUCAGUGUAAAGCAGUACUUGAAAUACUGUUGAAACAAUGGCUAUAUGUCUAAAAACCUUCAACCUGUCAACCAAAUUUUGCCCUGGACGUCUAGAGAUCUCUCCACCUGAAUCUGAAUACCUUUAACGAAUGUGGAGGCAUAAAUAUCUGUUUGUCAUAUUGUCAUAGAGUGUAGUUGCCUUUCUGUAACCACAGGAGGGCGACAUUCUCCACAUAAGUGCAACCUUUAACUCUCUCAUUGCUUUUCCUAUUAUCCACAGACUCAUAUAAUGUUGGUCAGAUAUGUAGAUUAAAUGUAUUAGGUUUGGGGAGUAGUGCCACACAACUAGAAACUGUAAAGAUGUUUUUGUUUUUUGGCCUCGUUGUAGAAAUCCAUGUUUCCAUUGUUUGUACAGAGCUGUUCCUACAUCCUCACAUUGUAUUUCUUCACCAUAAAUGCAGAAGUUGUACUGAGUCCGUCCUUCACCUCUGCAGGUGGAUUUAUCAUCUUCUCUUUUGGAUUCCUUUAGGAGAAAACAAGAUGUAUUGUCUUUUUGUCUGUUUUUUCUAUAUCGCUGUAAAAUCCAUCAAGACCUAAACCAGAGAAUGUACCACAUACCUGCAGAAAAUUAAAUGUCAA